UUCCCCGGCGUCGUCACUGCCCGCAGCUCGGCCUGCUCUCCCCUCAGCUCGCAGACACGCAAUCUGCCCACCUUGCAUCAUACACAACGACAGUAGAGAGAUACUCCUGUCUCACCUUUCGCCAUGGCCGCUCCUCAAGUCCACCAUCUCUUCAACAACCCAAUCGCCGACCACUCCUUCUCGGCCGAUCGCAAGACGCUCGCUGUCGCCAGAGACAACACCGUCGAGCUCUACUCGUCCAGCGGCUCCCGCUUUGCCCUCAACGAUGAGCUUCGCGGUCACGACAAGCUCAUCACCGGUGUCGACAUUGCUCCCAACUCGGGCAAGAUCGUGACUUGCUCUCAGGACCGCAACGCCUACGUCUGGGAACCUUCGAACGGCUCCUGGCGCCCCACUCUCGUCCUCCUCCGCAUCAACAGAGCUGCCACCUGCGUGCGAUGGUCUCCCAACGAGGCCAAGUUUGCUGUCGGUAGUGGCGCUAGGGUUGCCGCUGUCUGCUACUUUGAAGAAGAGAACGAUUGGUGGGUCUCCAAACACCUCAAGAAGCCCCUUCGCAGCACCGUCACCAGCGUCGCAUGGCACCCCAACAGUGUCUUGGUCGCCUUGGGCAGCACCGAUGGCCACGCUCGUGUCCUCAGUGCCUUCAUCAAAGGCGUCGAUGAAAGACCCUCUCCCUCUGUCUGGGGCGAGCGUCUUCCUUUCAACACCAUUUGCGGCGAGUUCUUGAAUCAGACGGCCGGCUGGGUCAAGAGCGUUGCCUUCAGUCCUUCUGGAGAUGCCGUGGCCUUUGUCAGCCAUGACUCCACAAUGACAGUCGCCUAUCCCGCUGGCGAGGGCCAACCUCCUCACGCUGUCAUCAACAUUAGCACUCAAGUUCUUCCCUUUGCAGAUCUUCUAUGGAUUGCCGAAGGCGAGAUUGUUUGUGCUGGCUACGACUGCGAGCCCUUCCGCUUCUCGGGUUCCUCGUCUGGAUGGUCACUCGUUGGUUCGCUUGACAGCACCUCAAAGUCUGGCGCUGCUAAUCAACGUGAUGAAUCCGCUUUGAACAUGUUCCGCCAGAUGGACCUUCGUGGCAAGGUUAUCGACGAUACUCAACUGAAGACUGUACACCAAAACUCUAUCAGCACUGUCCGCGCAUAUGCUGGUUCUCUUGACUCAGUCAGUCAAAUCAGUACCAGUGGCGUCGAUGGCCGUGUUGUCGUCUGGAACCUGUAAAUACACAACAACAAUAGCAUUACACGCAAGCCUGCCACAAUCCUUUACAACUCUGCACAAUCCUU